AUGCCUCCCUCCGACGACGGCAUGGGUUCAACAUCACCUCCGAAUCCGCCCCCAGCGCAUCGCCCUACCCCUGGUCCCAAGAUGACUGACGACGACGUGAUCUUUGAUUGGGAUUCGGUGUCACUCUCGGAGGAUGACGAGUUCAUCGCUGUUAAUCCACCUCCCGUGACGUUUGGAUCUAACCCAACGGCCAAAGCUCCAAACAAAGCAGGGCAACAACCAGAGACGAAGAGUACGAAACCGUGUGGAUGCAAUCCCAACGGCAGGAACCUAGUCGUCUGUAUCGACGGGACUGCCAAUCAGUUCAGCGUAAAGAAUACGAACGUCGUCGAGCUUUACAGCCGGCUCGUCAAGGACGACACCCAGCUGACGUACUACAACAGUGGCAUCGGGACGUACGCGAGGGAGAACAGCUGGUCGUUUGAGUACUGGAAACAGGCCUUCUAUCAUACGGUCGACAUGGCCAUUGCGUGGAACUUCAAGAGAAUCGUUCUCGACGCCUACCGGUGGCUGUCCGAGAACUACCAACCUGGCGACAGGAUAUUCUUAUUCGGGUUCUCGCGAGGCGCAUAUCAAGUCCGAGUCAUUGCAGGGAUGAUAGAAAGAGUUGGGCUACUUCACAAGGGCAACGAUGGGCAAAUAUCCUUCGCCUAUGCACUGUAUAUGGCGACGACUGCGAGACAGCAGAGGUCUCCCAAAUCUCCGGUUGCGUUCAGCGUACCGAAGGACGGACCCACUCCAGGGGCCGACGCAGCCAACACGGAUGAUGCAAAUUUAGGGGAACGCAACAUAUUUUCUUGGGCCCGGAAGCUUUCGUUCUGGCCCUUCCGGACGUCACCCCGGGCGUCACCAACUGCGGGAGCACAGCAACUCGAAGAGGGGUCUGCCGGUGUGGAUACCUCGAACAACGCCGAACCGACCAGAACCAGCUGGCUCUCAAGGGUUUGGAGCAUUCUAGCGUGCUCGGCACAGACGGCCAAAUCAGGGAACGCGUCCGAAGGUGACAACGACAAGGCCGAUGACAAGGCCGAUCCCCUGGAGUUGAGUAAGCGCUUCAAGGACGCGCUUUCUCGUAAGGGGGUCAAAGUCCACUUCGUCGGAGCAUGGGACACCGUUUCUUCAAUCGGAAUCGCUCGCGGACCCAGCCUUCCAGAAACGACUACGGGGAUGAAGCACGUCUGCGUGUUCCGACACGCCCUCGCCCUCGACGAGGUUCGGGUCAAGUUCCUGCCCGAAUACGCAAACGGCGGUGUUGGACCGCUUGCAAGGGAUGAUGGGACGGAUAAAGGAGACGUCAAGGAAGUGUGGUUUUCAGGCUCUCAUUCGGACAUCGGCGGAGGCAGUAAUGUCAAUCUGAAACUGGACCAGUUCGGACCGGCUCUGCGCUGGAUGUCGUACGAAGCAUCGCGUUCAGGGCUCCGGACGGAGAAUUUCCAAGGCGAUUGGAAGCAGGUCAAACCCACCAACUCGAUGAAUUGGUUUUGGAGGAUGCUGGAGUGGUUCCCCCUCAAGCAUUUGUCGUACGAUCCUAAGCAGGAUGGGGAGCAUACUCGGUGGAGCUGGCAUCGCGCCUCGCCGCGUCGGAUCAUGGAUGGACAGCUGAUACACGAGUCCGUCCUUGAUUCCCUCGUAUCAUCUUCAGUAGCGCAGCAGAGCGAUUCUAAUAUCUCUCCGGAGUGUUCCUCCACGCCUGACCCUGAGGCCGUCUCUGAUCCGCACCCAGGUGGAGCACCGGGCUCCAAUCAAAAUCCUGAACCGAGAGCCCACUUACCUUCCGAUAUGACCUGGGCUCGCCUACUGCUACAGUACAAACAGCCUCAGGAAAAGUGGACAAAAAUAGAGCGUGACCCUUAUAUCUCGGCGAAAGGGGUGUUGAAGGAUAUUUCACGCAAACAGCUUUCAGUCCCCGAUCGCAGCGUACUCUUAACACUGUUAUCAACAGUGGACGGCAAACGAUCCAUAGCAGACAGCGUAGAUGCGUCACUGCUUUGGGGGAAAAUCAUGCAGUCCACGGAAGAUUCGGACGCGCAUACGAUUGACUGCCUCUUGUCUCUUAGCGCUUUUCAUAUGUCACACCACGACGCUCCAACUCAGACUUGGAUGCGCGUGGCCGGGGUUAUCUUGUCUCGUGACGACUGGAAAAGCCUGAAUCUCGAAAGUCAUCAGCAGGUGGUUGAGGAGCUUAAGCGUCCAUUCCGCACGAUCACGGAAAGUCUGCUGAAGCAGCUUCGUGAAAACCAGUAUUUAUCCGACAAAUCCCGGGAUUUGUUAUGCACAAUCGUGGAAACAUCUUUCGGCCAGAGGGUUAUCACGGACAUUGCCAAGGAGUCUGAGCUGGUCAAAGCUCUCAAUACCGUACAGAAUGACCCGGAUUGGCGCUACCGCGAAGAGCGAAUCACGGAUUUAUUGAUUCUCUUGGGUGCAUUCCCUUUGCGGUCGCAAGGCACGAAACGGUAUUUGAACCACAAUCUGGCGAGAUUGUUCCCUCUAGUCCAGCAGCGACCGGGCAUUGACCGGGUCUUUGACUGGGUCAUGCACACCGCCCGCAGCAAAGCCUGGGAGCUUGUCGAUCAUCUUGUCAACCGCACCGGGCUUUCUAUCGGACAGCGCCGAAUGCUCGAUAUGUUGCUUUUCACGGAAUCUGGCAGGAAAUCGAUCGAGGAGUCCGGGAAGGUCACCGAGCUAUUCGCCGCCCUGAAAGAUACAGCGACUGACCUUGACCUUGAGAUGGAGCCGAACCUCCGCAGAACGCACAUCACCGAUAUAGUGGCAGCUCUUGGCGCAUUCCCCUCGCUUUCCCCGGGCAUGGAGGUUCUGCUGGAACCUGAAGUUGCGAACGUGAUUUCGAACCUCGACACCGAUCGACGCAGUCUUUCUACUGCCAAGGAUCAUAUCGCAUCCUCGUUCCGCAACCGCGCAGGUGUUAUAACAACCAAGCUCGCGAGUGACGGGAUGGCCGACGCAGACCGCGAUGUGCUGGAAAGGAUGGCGUCGACAGACAUCGGAAAGAAGGCGUUUGCAGAGGGUGUCGUCACUGCGCAACUCUUCGAUGCUCUCGGGCGCGUGCAAGACCGUGGGAUGGAUCCUGAGUUGCGAAAGGCACGCGUCACCGACAUAAUAUGGGUUUUGGGCAAGUUUAUGGCAUUGCCGCCCGGUGCGAAGCAAUACCCGAGGCACGACUUGAGAAAGUUGUUGUCCAAUGCCUAUCAGGAGCGGCCAGAAAUCGAUGAGGCCAUAAUGCAGAUCAAGCGGAUAUUCACUGGCAGGCUGCUCAAGGCCGUUGAAGGUCAUACUGGCCAUGUGUACUCUGUCUCAUUCUCUCCGGAUGGCUCGCAAUUCGCGUCGGGCUCUCGGGACAUCACGAUCCGCAUUUGGAACGCGGACACCGGAAAGGAAGUCGGCGAGCCUUUACGGGGGCACACGAGCGGCGUCAACUCGGUGUCGUUUUCCCCCGAUGGAAAGCGCCUUGCCUCUGGCUCAAUGGACCGCACCGUGCGGCUGUGGGACGUGGAGACAUGGCAGCAGAUCGGGCAGCCGCUCGAAGGGCAUGCGCGGCCGGUUUUGUGUGUCGCAUUCUCACCCGACGGCGACCGCAUCGUCUCGGGCUCACGCGACGAGACGCUCCGACUCUGGGACGCGCAGACGGGACGGGCCAUCGGCGAGCCUUUACGGGGUCACUCUGACUGGGUUCGGAGCGUCGCAUUUUCACCGGAUGGGGAGAACAUCGCCUCUGGAUCCGACGACAGGACAAUUCGACUCUGGGACGCCGAGACAGGCGAGCCAGUUGGGGACCCGCUGCGAGGCCACGAUGGCCCCGUUUUGUCAGUCGCAUAUUCCCCCGAUGGCGCGCGCAUCGUCUCGGGCUCCGAGAACAAGACGAUCCGGAUCUGGGACACUCAGACAAGGCAGACAGUGGUGGGGCCACUGCAAGGGCACGAAGGCCCGGUUCGCUCCGUGGAAUUCUCGCCGGAUGGCAAGCACGUCGUCUCCGGCUCCGACGACGGCACGAUGCGGAUAUGGGACGCGCAGACGGGACAGACCGUGGCGGGGCCUUGGGAAGCUCACUGGGGGGUUUCUUCCGUCGCGUUCUCGCCCGAUGGCAAGCGCAUCGUCUCUGGGGGUGGUGACAAUGUGGUGAAGAUAUGGGAUGGAGAGGUCGAUUAG